ACUCAAUAUAUGCUCCUUCGAGUAAGUUACACGUAAAAAACAUGGAAACUUCCCAAAACAAAAAAUAAAACAAACAAAGAAUUUAGAGAGCAUAAAUAGCAACUCAAACCGUAACUCACUUUCUCACUUUGUAUAUUUACACGGCCACCGUAGAUGGCGGCGGAAUCAGAGAACUGCUGCUCGUGCUGUUUCGGGUUCAUAAUCACGAUGGGCCUCACGGCCCUAUUCUUGUGGCUGAGCAUGCGAGUGGACGAGCCCAAAUGCUACAUCGACUACAUUUACGUUCCUGCCCUCAACAAAACCCUCAAUUCCCCUCAAAACUCUACCCUCCUCUUCACCCUCAAGCUCGUCAACGGCAACAAGGACAAGGGCAUCAAAUACGACGCCGUUCUCCUCCGCUUCAAGAUCUUCCUCGAUUCCAACACCACCCGCUACGUCGGCAACGCCACCGUCCCGGAGUUCUACCAGGGCCACCAGAAAAAGGCCUCAAAGCCCAGUUCCCUCCUCGCCGCCGGAAACUUGACGUCGACGGUGGACGGGAAGGUGUACUUCCGGGUGGAUUUUGCUACGGCGGUGAAGUAUAAGAUCCUGGUGUGGUACACGAAACGGCACCGUUUAUGGGGAGGGGCAAAUGUGGAAAUUGACAAUUCUGGUGUGCACCGAAAACCCAUCAGGCUCGGGAACUUCCCAGAAAGGAUCGAGUCCGGCGCACCCAAACUCUGUGGACGCUAUCGUGCGCUUCUUCCAUUUUUCGUCGCUGUCUUACUCGUGCUUAAUGCUCAUGGGUUUACUUGACUUUACCAGUGUAUUCUUGUAUUUUUAAUUAGGGCUUUAUUAAUCUCAUGUGACAUAAGAGAGCUCAUGUGACAUAAGAGAAGCUCUCUUAUAUCAUAGAGAUAGUUACGAGUGGAAUCCACUCACUUAAAGAAAAAAAAAAACAACACGAAAGUCGAUGUAUGUGUAGGAGGAAAAAUACUCUCCUACAUCAUAAGAUAAUAUUUUCCCUUUUAAUUAUUAUUAUUUA